GUGUUUCUGCAUGUAAAUGUAGAGGCAGGUGCUUGUGAUUUUAAGUUUGGGUGCGGCUUCCUCGUCCUGCGCAUGUUUCUUUCUCUCCAGUUGCGUCAGAGACUGCGCGUCAAUCAAUACGGAAGACAACGAUUAAAUAAAGCAAAGAACUUUCAUAACACCUGAAGUGUGACCGACCAUGUGGCCAAAUCAAGGUCCAUCCAACCCAGCCUUCCCCCCUGGCUACAACCCCGCGUACCCCUCCAUCCCUCCUGCAGGAGCCUACCCACAGCCUCCAUCUCAACAGUACCUGCCUGUUCAGUAUCCAGGAGGCGUCAACCCCGCCAUGAUACCCAACGCAUCCCGGGGUGUGACGCCAUACGCUGGCGUUGCGGGACCUCACUCCUAUCCUGUGGGGCCUGGCGGGUAUCCUGUCGCCCCUGUCGGAGGCGUCCAGGCCGGAGUGUACCCGCGCUCCCCAAAAGGCCACCACCAGAAAAAAAAGGGCCACCACCACAACAAAGGCUACCAUGGGGGGGUCAAUCCCCUCCAUGGAGGCGGGGGCAUGGCUGGAAUGGCUGGGAUGGCUGGCAUGGCUGGCAUGGCUGGUAUGGCUGGCAUGGCUAUGGGGAUGCAUGGACAUAAAGGCCACAAGAAGUUGAAGAAGGGGAAGAAGCUAAAGAAAGGGCACGGGAUGCACGGCCACCACAAACAUGGGGGCAAGUCCUCCAGUGGCAGUAGUAGUAGCAGCAGCAGCAGCAGCAGCAGUAGCAGCGACUAAGGCUAUGAUCCAAUGUAUAAAUUGUACUGUAUGCCACCACACAAUUAAAAUGUGGAUAACUGCUGAAAGGCAUUAUCAAAAAAAGCAAAAAAACUAUGGGAUUUCUCUGGAUACAGUAUACUGUAACUCCAUCUAAAUAUAAAGGGGCUUACUGCUAAAAGCUAUUUAAUGACUACUUUGACAAGAUUAUGCAAUGAUGUAGGUUACGAUUUUAUAGGCUGUAUUUUGUAUCUUUCAGGAAAUCUUUCUCUCAGCCACUAACAUGUUACACUUGUUGAUUCUUAUAUCACUGUGUUUUGGAAGGAAUGCAUUACUUUUUUAAAAUGGUGAUUGAUUACAAUAAAUGUACAAAAAAAGCUA